AUGUUGUCCUCAGACAAACGCAGCCACGUUGAGGCAGAGUACCCGGAGGCAGCUCAGAGCCCGCUCAAGCUGCGAGCCAUGGCCACGGCGCUCGUACGCCGCCGCUUCCCGAGGCUGAGCAGGGUGACCGCCGCGCUUCUGACUUCAGCCCCGUGCAAGGCCGAGGGCGGAGGCGGCGAGAGCCCGCCGAAGGAGGAGGAGAACCCCAAAAUCGCCGGCGCCAGGAGCAAAGCCGCUGCCACCAUCCAGCUGCUGACCCCGCCGGGCUACAGGGUGCCGUACAACCCCGCCGCCUACGCCAGGAGCAGGGCUGGGAGCUCCGGGCGGCCUCUCGGUGACGCUCCCACCAGCCCUGACGCUGCUCAGGAGCCUCGUGGGCUCCCUGCUGCCUCCGUCCAAGUUCUGCCGCCCACCAGAAAUGCCCUGGUCAAGCCCCCCCGCAGGCACAACGCCCCGACGCGAGCCAAGCAGGAGGCGGAGCGGGAGCAAAGCGAGCUGCACGACUCCAAGGAGGACCCGCGCCUGUUCCAGCGGGGGCGGCCUGAGUACAAAGCCCUCAGCUACGACAGGUUCGAGCCGCUGGAGACCCUCCCUUGGGAAGAAGGCGAGGCGGUUCUGCGCGCCGUGAGCGCCCAGAGGGGCAGCCAGAGCCCGGGGGCUAUCGCGGAGUGUUUCCACAAGCUGAGCCGCCUGCCCGAGGAGCGCCGCCCCGCGCUGGUGUCCGAGCCCGGCUUCAACGCCCUGUGCUGCCGCGCCGUCGACCGGAUGCAGGAUUUCAGCACGCCGGAGCUCGUCGAGGUUUUGAAGGCUUGCGUCCGUCUGCGCGUCCCUCCCGCUCACCCCGUGCUGGACGCCUGCGAGCGCGACUUCUGCCGCCGCGCCUGGGCCAUGAGCCUGGAGCAGCUGCUGCUGGUGGCCGACUGCUGGCGCUGCCUGGAGCGCGCCGUGCCCUCCUACCUCGGCAUCCUCUUCAGCUACGCCGCCAGGAGCUGCAAGGACCUCGGCCUGCCCCAGCUCGUCCAGCUCCUCUACAUCAUCGGCGAAGGGCGGAAAUCCCCCCCGGACCUGGUGCAGAAGCUGGAGGGCGUUCUUUGGAAGCACCUGGACUCCUGCACCCUGGAGGAGGUGGGAGCCGUUUGCCUGGGGCUCUUCAAGUCCCUCAGCGCCGUCUCCGACCGCCUCAUGAGGAGGAUCGCCGACAGGGUCUCGCUGCAGAUGGAGGAGAUGAGCACCUACGCCUUGGUCAACGUGCUCAAAAUGCUGCGCUCCGCUCGCCUGGACCACCUGCCCCUCCUCAGGGAGCUGGGGAGGGUUAUUCCCCCCCGAAUCCCGGCCACAAACAUCCAGGGCAUCAUGCACAUCACCCUCACCUGCUCCUCCCUGCACUACUACGACGAGGGCGUGCUGGCCGCCGUGGCCUCGGCCCUGCCUUCCAAGGUGUCGUACUGCCGCAGCAAGGACGUCGCCAAGUUCCUGUGGUCCUUCGGGUGCCUGGACUACGAGCCCCCGAACGAGGAGGAGUUUUACUCCAGCCUGAUCGAGCACAUGGGCAGGAAGCUGCACGAGUUCGACAGGUUCCCCGAGCACCUCCUCACCGGCCUGCUCGGCCUGGCGUUCGUCAGACGCUUCCCGGAGCAGCUCAUUGAUUAUGCUCUGAGGGACGAAUUCGUCCGGAAGACGAGAGCGAGUAAAUACGAGCUCCUCAAGGACCUGUUCACCCUCGGCAAGAGCGUGGAAAUCGAGUGCCCGGGCUACCGAGGCAGCCGCCUCGCCCCUCAGCUCUACCAAGAGAUGACCGAGAUGGUUUUGGCUUUCGCCGAGCAGGAAAUCUACGUCAGGCCCGAGAUCGUGGAAGCCGCCACCCUUCUCCAGAGCGUGCUGGGCGGCCCCGAGUACAUGAAGAGCCACAUGAUCCUGCCUCACACCCGCUCGAGCGACCUGGAGGUGCAUUUAGCCACGGAUGGGCGCCCCGUCCCUUUCAAUUUCAAGGACGCCGCGGGGAAGACGCUGAAAGACCUCGGGGUUAGCCUGACGGACGACCUGAUGGCUCAGCUCCUGAAGGGGCAGUCGGGCGGCCAGGCUCGUUUGGAAGCGGAAAAUGCAGCCACGGCUCCUGGCUGGGAGCAGGUGGGAGGAGAACGAGCUCCCCACUCUUGGUUUUCAGGCACAUCUGUUACCGCAGGCACCUCGUUGCGUGUUUCACCCGAACUAGGGGGCCCCCUCCAAGCCCCCCGUCCUCCUGUGCUGCCCCCGCAGCCUCGGGGGGUGAAGCUGGCGAUCCAGGUGUCCAACCGAAACCACUACUGCUACCUGUCCAAGCGGCUCCUGGGGCUGCACCGCCUGAAGAGGCGGCAGCUGCGGCACCUGGGCUACGUGGUGGUCGAGCUUCCCUUCUGGGAGUGGUUCCCCCUGCUCAAGCGCACGCGCUCGGAGAAGCUCAGCUACCUGCACUACAAAGUGUUCGACCCGGCGCUGCUCGGCGGGGCCGCUUAGCACCGCCCGCUGCAUCUCUGCCGAUUUAAACGGUCUCCGGGCUUUGGUUUCGUUUCUGGCAGGCCGUUCCGUCAGCUGAGGCUGCCUUGGCACGUCCGCCCGCUC